AUGGCGGAGGACUCGGAUGGAGGCGAUAUAACCGCAGAGAUGCAGAUGCUGGAGGCGUCGCGCGAUGAGAUCCGUAAAGCGGUUGCUGCAGAUGCGCGGGGUCUCUCAAGAGUCUGUCAAACAGUAUGGGUCUUCUGGUACCGGUAUAUCUAUGACCCUAUUGCGACCGGAUUUCGGUUUCUUCAUCUCGCUGCGAUAUUUGUACCGGUUGUUAUCACUGUGCCGGUAAUAUGGCUGGGCCGGAAGGUUGAGGGUCCAAACAACGCGCGUUCUGGAACCCUGUGGUGGUACCGUUUCCUGGUGAAAGCCAUGGAGCGCGCUGGUCCUGCUUUUAUCAAGUUGGGCCAAUGGGCCGCGUCAAGAACCGAUAUCUUCCCUCCAGAGAUGUGCACCAUAAUGUCUUCGCUUCAUUCAAAUGCACCAGCCCAUUCCUUGCAUGCUACAAAGAAAACGAUUCGCAAAGCCUUCAAUGGCUUGCCAUUCGAAGAGAUAUUCGAGGAGUUCCAAGAAGAGCCUCUUGGCGUUGGAGCUAUAGCACAGGUGUAUAAAGCAAGGCUCAAACCGAGCCUAGCCUCCAGCACCCAGGAGCUCGGGCUCGGACCCAGCACACUCGGCGAGAAGGUUCAGAAGAACAUCAAUGUUCUAGUUAAGAGCUCACCCCAACGUGUCCCUUCCUCCUACGUGGCUAUCAAAGUCCUGCAUCCCCAAGUCGAACAGAUGAUUCACCGAGACCUUCGAAUUAUGGGAUUCUUCGCGUCAUUAAUCAAUGCCAUUCCCACAAUGAACUGGCUGUCCUUUCCCGAUGAGGUCCAGCAAUUUGGCGAAAUGAUGAAACUUCAACUAGAUCUUCGAAUCGAAGCUUCCAAUCUGGUCAUGUUCCGCGAAAAAUUCAAGUCUCGCACAACGGCUUGGUUCCCAUAUCCAUACCUGGACUACACGACCCGCGAAGUCCUGGUCGAGGAAUUUGCCCAGGGAAUCCCACUCGCAACCUUCCUCGAAACGGGAGGCGGUGUUUAUCAACACGAGAUCGCAAAUGAAGGACUGGAUGCCUUCUUGCAUAUGCUCUUGAUUGAUAACUUCGUCCAUGCUGAUCUUCACCCGGGAAAUAUCAUGGUCCGCUUCUACCAACCCAGUGAACUGGAUCUUUCUCUUCGCAAGCAAUCUCGAGCAAUCGACGCCCCCACACGAGCUGAAGUCGACGUGACAGAGGCUGUACUUGCUCGAUUACGCCCGCAUAUCGGAAACAGCGAGACAUGGGAAUCUGCCCUAGCGCAACUCAAUGACGAGGGCUAUCGCCCACAGCUCAUCUUUAUCGACACCGGAUUAGUGACUCAGCUGAAUGACAAAAAUCGACGCAAUUUCCUGGAUCUUUUCCGAGCAAUUGCUGAAUUCGAUGGUUACCGGGCAGGCCAUCUAAUGGUGGAGCGAUGCCGUGGACCAGAGCAAGUCAUUGAUCCGGAGAUAUUUGCUUUGAAAAUGCAGCAUCUCGUUCUUAGCAUCAAGUCUCGGACAUUCGCAUUGGGAAAUAUUAGAAUCGGCGACGUUCUGAGCGAGGUAUUGACCAUGGUUCGUGGACAUCAUGUCCGGUUUGAAGGAGACUUUGUCAAUGUGGUUAUUUCUUGUCUCCUACUUGAAGGUAUCGGACGAAGCCUUAAUCCCGAUCUAGAUCUUUUCAAGAGUGCCCUGCCCAUCCUUCGACAGCUGGGUUCCGGCUCCACCUUCAUACAGACCGUUCGCUCCGGUGAUACCUCGAUGCUUCGGGUCUGGGUUGGCCUCGAAGCUCGCGGAUUGCUGCAGGCCAGCAUUGAGAGUGUGGAACAUUGCGUUAAGUAUGAUCAACUAUCGCCGAACAUCUAG